AUGAACAAGCAACAAGACACGGAAACCAACGAUACUUCUGACACAAUAGCACGGAGACAAGAAAGGGACGACCUCAUUGACCAAUCCUUGCAACGAGCGAUGCAUUGCUAUGCAGCACGAUGGCUUCCCAUAUUUGGGCAACAAGAAGGUGUGUCCACGAGUCAGUACGAACACGUAAGCAGAGAGUGCUGGCGCGCCAUGAGAAGAGACAUACUCAAAGUCGUCAACCGCAUUUCCUACCGAUCUGUCUUGACACUAUAUCUCUUCGGCCUGACUCCCGUCCCGAGAGGUAUAUCCGAGGAAGAGGAAGAAGAUGGCAUCAGCGGAUUGAUAUGCAUUCAGACUGCUCUAUUGCAGAUCCAGCAGCUCCGGCAGCAGUUACGAAGUUGCCAGGCCGAUGUAUCGGAGGAAAUCGUCUGGCCCGACCCAGGGCUCGGCUUUGGUCUACGGGUGAAUCUCUCCGAGACGUAUCUAAAGCUGGAGAGUAGAGCUCACUGGGCGGCUGUCAUGUGGGACACAUCAAGUGCCAUGACAUUGAAUAUCAGGUCGUCUCUGACUUCCGGGCUGAAAGGGGCAUGCAUGGAGCCAUCAUGGCGCGUGACCCGGGCCUUCCUUGUCGGCUCAAUUCCUCCUCAAACAGAAGAGUGGCGGAAGGAGAGCUUUGAGUUCACCGAUGAGAUAGCCUGCGAGAUCAUUUCCGCUGCGGCCAUCUGUCGGAUCUACACCUGGAGGACCAUUACAAGCCUAAAAGAAGCACUCAGGGAAUGUGUCGAGGACGAGGCUGUUGAUUUCGCGUGGGAUGCGCUGCUGGAUGCACUUGAAAUCUUCAAGACGACAAUAUACCCUCUGCUCAAUCACUGCGAAAGGCAACUCCACUUCCUAGGCCAAGCCGCCCGGCUAUACUGGUAUGAAACCAUGUUACACUACUAUCUGGGCAUCUUGAUCCUGGUGGAAGCCCUGGAGACCGCCCGCCGCCCCGACUUCCUUUCACAAAUCACCAACACCCGGCUAGAAGCCGAACAUGAAUGCUUCAACGUCCUCAAGUUUGGGCUCGAGAGCAUUUACACCGUUGAUGAACCUUCAGCAGGCUUGAAUAAAGCUUCGGGCAGCUUACUUGCCACCGGUCGCCGUUCCACGCAGUCCAUCAGCAUCUCAUUCGUCGCCAUUGACCCGUAUCUACACCAUCUCAUCGCCGCCGUCCGGCUGAUGAACAAGGCUAUCAUUCGUAAAUAUCGACGAGACGAUAUCAAGGACGAGACCUACACCUAUCUGACUUCUACCUUGCUGAGAGCUUUGCAACAUCUCCCUCAAUGUUGCAAGACUGUGGGAGUAGCCAAAGACAGCCUACAAGCAUCACUCGACAAAGCCGAGGCGGAUUUUGUCGCCGAUAUGUCGCUUUCGGAUUAG